AUGAUUCAUCACACUAACGCAACCACAAUUGCGAUCGCGCUGUGGUCGCGAACACUACAAAACUUAGAUAUUGCAGCCAAAAUCGCAGCAGCACACAAGGGAAAACGAACCUGGUGGAAGCAGGCGCCGGCGGAGACUACUCCGGUGGAGGCGUGGGCGGCGGUUUCCGGUUGCGUGGCGGAGUCAGAUGAGGCAAAUGGAAUGAAAUCGAAAGAGGAAUCAAAAGACGUGAAAGGGAACGGAGGAGAGAAGAGAGUGAACUGA